AUGCACCUCACCCGCGCGCGCCUGGCGGCUCUGCUGCUAGCACUCUGCAUCCAGGUGCAAAGCAUAUCCGCGGCGUACACGCUAGUCGACAAUUGCGCUGGCUCGUCCUUCGCGUCGUGCUUCAGCUUCUUCUCCGGAGGCGAUCCCACGCAUGGCUUCGUUCGCUACCUCUCUCAGUCAGACGCCCAAUCUCAGGGCCUGUUCUCGGUCUCGGGAAACAGCGUAUACAUGGGCGUAGACAGCAAGAACAAGGCGCCGAAUGGCCGGGCGAGUAUCCGGUUAGAGUCCAAGAAGCUGUAUAAUCGGGGCCUGUUUGUGCUGGAUGUGGCGCAUAUGCCGAGUAGCACUUGUGGUACUUGGCCGAGUUUCUGGACGUGGGGAGCGGAGAAGCCGUGGCCGGAGAAUGGGGAGAUAGGCAUACAUACCAAUACGGUCAACGCCAUGUCUCUCCACACGUCGGACGGCUGCUCCAUCGACGCCAACGGCAUGCUCGGCCGCGUCGUAACCACGAACUGCUUCAUAUCCGCGCCCGGCCAAACCAGCAACGCCGGCUGCGGCAUCGAGUCCUCCUCCGCCUCCUCCUUCGGGACGCCCUUCAACGGCGGCGGCGGCGGCGUCUACGCCAUGGAAUGGACAACCUCCUCCAUCAAAAUCUGGUUUUUCCCGCGGAACAGCAUCCCCGCCGACCUUGCAGCCGGAAACGCUCCGGAUCCGAGCAAGUGGAGCACGCCGCAGGCGAGCUUCCAGGGCGGCUGCGAUAUCGGGCGGCACUUUGUCAAUCACCAGAUCGUGAUUGAUACGACGUUUUGUGGGGAUUGGGCCGGCGCGGUUUGGCCUGCGGACUGUAAGGCGCUGGCGGGGAGUUGUAAUGAGUAUGUUGCGAAUAAUCCGGGGGUGUUUGCGGAGAGCUAUUGGAGGAUUAAUUAUUUGAAGGUGUUUAGGCAGUGA